AUGUGCACAAGUUAUAGUGAACACCCGUACAUUGCUCAUGUACAUGCAUACAUCUACAGGAAAACUGUCAAAAUGUUACUUCUGUGGGCCUGGUUCACUCUUCCAUGUGCUGCUCUGCCCCCACUGAGCCCUCAGUCCAGCCUCUGCAGUGGAAUGAAUUGUGAACAGGGAACCAUCUGCAUCAUUAGACAGGAGCGGCCACAUUGCAUCGCGGAAUCUCACGCUUGUCACACCACCCAAUGCCCAGAAGGGACUGUGUGUGAGAUAACCCACGGUGUCCCCAACUGCAUCCCUUAUGCUCAGCCUUGUCAUCACAUCACAUGCCAAGACGGGAUGAUCUGUGAACUGCUGGAUGGAGUUCCCAGAUGCGUAACAGCACCACUGUCAUGUGCCAACAUUCACUGCAAAGAAAACACUGUAUGUGUCAUAACCAAUAACGUCCCUCAAUGUAUCCCGGUGCCGUUGUCCUGCCAACACUUCAGGUGCCACCCAGGAACCAUGUGCAACAUUGUUAAUGGGUGGCCUAUGUGUGUGCCCAUCCAGCCUUCCUGUGACAAAGUCUUGUGCAGCGAUGGAACUGUUUGCGAGAUGGUUCAAGGACAGCCACAGUGCGUCCCAGCACCAGCAUCCUGCAACGUCCUUCUGUGUGAAAAAGGAACCACGUGUGAGACAGUCGGUGGGCAUCCAAAGUGUGUCCUACGGCCUUCAUCUUGUCAUGAUAUAAAAUGUGCAGUUGGGGAGGUAUGCGAGAUGGAACAUGACUCGCCUAGAUGUCUACCCAUCCCAACAUCUUGUGACCAAAUUCACUGCAAACUGGGAAUGAUGUGCGAGUUGGUUCAUACCGUACCCACUUGCGUCUCUAUCCUGCCUUCUUGCAGUAGGGUUGAAUGCAAUGCAGGAAGCACUUGUGAGAUGAUUGACAGCUGGCCAAACUGUGUGCCGGCCACCCCCGCACUAUCCUGUGGUGAAAAUCAGUGCAAGUCGGAGACCACAUGUGAAAUGGUUGAAGGAAGAGCAAUAUGUGUUCCUACACCACAGUCUUGUGACAAAGUCAUCUGCAAAGCAGGAACCAUAUGUCAUCUGGUUGAGGGGUUCCCCAAAUGCGUCCCCAUGCUGCCUUCCUGUGACAGAGUCCAAUGCAAACCAGAAACUGUUUGCACAAUCACUGACGGCUGGCCCAGAUGUGUCCCUAUCCCACCAUCUUGUGACAAAUACCGCUGCAAAGGAGGGACUAUUUGCAGAGUUGUUGACAACUGGCCCAAAUGUGUUCCCAUCCCUACUUCUUGUGACAACGUGAGAUGCAAAGAAGAGACAUUUUGCCAAAUGGUUGAUAAUUGGCCCAAGUGUGUUCCCACCCCACCAUCCUGUGGCAAAUACCGAUGCAAAGCGGGCACUGUGUGUGAAAUGGUUGAUAAUUGGCCCAAAUGUGUUCCCAUCCCAUCUUGUGACAAAUACCAAUGCAAAGUGGGGACGAUUUGUGAGAUGAUUGACAGCUGGCCAAAGUGUGUUCCCAUCCUAACAUCCUGUCAUCAGUACCAGUGCAAAGAGGGGACUCUAUGUCACGUUCUCGAUGGGUACCCCAAAUGUGUUCCCAUGCCACAAUCCUGUGCCAACUACCACUGCACUGAGGGGACCGUUUGUGAUGCAACUGAUGGGUUCCCCAAAUGCAUUCCCAUCUCACACUCCUGUGCAAAUCAUCACUGCACUGCAGGGACUGAAUGUCAGGUUGUUGAUGGGUUCCCCAAAUGUGUUCCCACCUCACACUCCUGUGCCAAUCAUCAUUGCACUGCGGGAACUGCAUGUCAGGUUGUUGAUGGGUUCCCCAAAUGUGUUCCCACCUCACACUCCUGUGCCAAUCAUCAUUGCACUGCAGGAACUGCAUGUCAGGUUGUUGAUGGGUUCCCCAAAUGUGUUCCCACCUCACACUCCUGUGCCAAUCAUCACUGCACUGUGGGAACUGAAUGUCAGGUUGUUGAUGGGUUCCCCAAAUGUGUUCCCACCUCACACUCCUGUGCCAAUCAUCACUGCACUGCAGGAACUGCAUGUCAGAUUGUUGAUGGGUUCCCCAAAUGUGUUGUUGAUGGGUUCCCCAAAUGUGUUCCCACCUCAUACUCCUGUGCCAAUCAUCACUGCACUGCGGGAACUGCAUGUCAGGUUGUUGAUGGGUUCCCCAAAUGUGUUCCCACCUCACACUCCUGUGCAAAUCAUCACUGCACUGCGGGAACUGCAUGUCAGGUUGUUGAUGGGUUCCCCAAAUGUGUUCCCACCUCACACUCCUGUGCCAAUCAUCACUGCACUGCGGGAACUGCAUGUCAACUUGUUGAUGGGUUCCCCAAAUGUGUUCCCACCUCACACUCCUGUGCCAAUCAUCACUGCACUGCGGGAACUGCAUGUCAACUUGUUGAUGGGUUCCCCAAAUGUGUUCCCACCUCAUACUCCUGUGCCAAUCAUCACUGCACUGCGGGAACUGCAUGUCAGGUUGUUGAUGGGUUCCCCGAAUGUGUUCCCACCUCACACUCCUGUGCAAAUCAUCACUGCACUGCGGGAACUGCAUGUCAGGUUGUUGAUGGGUUCCCCAAAUGUGUUCCCACCUCACACUCCUGUGCCAAUCAUCAUUGCACUGCGGGAACUGCAUGUCAGGUUGUUGAUGGGUUCCCCAAAUGUGUUCCCACCUCACACUCCUGUGCCAAUCAUCAUUGCACUGCAGGAACUGCAUGUCAGGUUGUUGAUGGGUUCCCCAAAUGUGUUCCCACCUCACACUCCUGUGCCAAUCAUCAUUGCACUGCGGGAACUGCAUGUCAGGUUGUUGAUGGGUUCCCCAAAUGUGUUCCCACCUCACACUCCUGUGCCAAUCAUCACUGCACUGCGGGAACUGCAUGUCAGGUUGUUGAUGGGUUCCCCAAAUGUGUUCCCACCUCAUACUCCUGUGCCAAUCAUCACUGCACUGCGGGAACUGCAUGUCAGGUUGUUGAUGGGUUCCCCAAAUGUGUUCCCACCUCACACUCCUGUGCCAAUCAUCACUGCACUGCGGGAACUGCAUGUCAGGUUGUUGAUGGGUUCCCCAAAUGUGUUCCCACCUCACACUCCUGUGCCAAUCAUCACUGCACUGCGGGAACUGCAUGGACUGAAUGUCAGGUUGUUGAUGGGCUACCAAAAUGUUUCCCCAGCCCACAAUCCUGUGUGAACCUUCACUGCACUGUGGGAAGCUCAUGUAGUGUUGUCAAUGGAUUACCAAAAUGCAUCCCCAUCCCACCAUCCUGUGCCCAUCAUCACUGCACUGAGGGGACCAAAUGUCAGAUCGUUGAUGGGUUCCCCAAAUGUAUCCCCAUCACACAGUCCUGUGCCAAUCAUCACUGCACCGGGGGGACCAAAUGUCAGGUUGUUGAUGGGUUGCCCAAAUGUUUUUCCAUUUCCCAGUCCUGUACCAAUCAUCACUGCAAUGCAGGGACCAAAUGUCAGGUUGUUGAUGGGUUCCCGAAAUGCGUCCCCAUCCCCCAGUCCUGUGCCAAUCAUCACUGCACCGAGGGGACCAAAUGUCAAGUUGUCGAUGGAUUCCCCAAAUGCAUCUCCAUCCCCCAAUCCUGUGCCAAUCAUCACUGCACUGCGGGGACUGAAUGUCAGGUUGUUGAUGGGUUUCCCAAAUGUGUUCCCAUCCCAAAAUUCUGUGCCAAUCAUCCCUGCAAAGCAGGGACAGCAUGUUACGUUGUUGGUGGGAUCCCCAGAUGCGUCCCCAUCCCACAAUCCUGCGCCAACCUCCAGUGUAAAGAGGAGACUGUCUGUAACUUGGUGGAUGGCAGACCCCAAUGUGUCCACGUCUCCGCUUCCUGCAGAAGCACUCACUGCAAACAGGGAACUGUAUGUCAUGUCAUCAAUGGCUGGCCCAGAUGUGUGGAAGCUGCACAAACGUGCCACACAAUGCACUGCAGGGCAGGCAUGACUUGCGAAGUCAAGGAUGGUUUACCCAAGUGUGUUCCUGUUUUCCCCACCCAGUCUGCUUGCUGGGUUUCUGGCCAGCCGCACUACCACACUUUUGAUGGACGCAACUAUGAUUUCCAAGGUACCUGUGCCUACACUGUGGUCAAGACAUGCAAGCCCAGUUCCAAGCUACCCUCCUUCCAUGUUUUCACCAAGAGCCUGAAGAGCAGUGGCACCCUGUUCUCUUUUGUCAGCCAGGUCACCCUCACCGUCUACAGCCUCAACAUCACCAUGGUCAAGUAUGAAUACGGACUAGUCAGAGUCAACCAAGUACGCUCACGUCUGCCCAUGAGUUUGCAUGAUGGGAAACUUUCUCUUUACCACCGGGGAAGCCAGCUGGUCAUCGAGACAGACUUUGGCCUGAACCUUUACUAUGACUGGAAUUAUUACCUCGUGGUAAAGGCUACCGCAGUAUUCCAAGGCCACGUGUGCGGCCUGUGUGGCAACUACAACGGAGAUCCAAACGAUGACUUUGUGACAUCUUCUGGUGGCUUGGCCACUAAUUCAGUGGAGUUUGGCAAGAGCUGGAAGGUAGAGGAUGGAAAUAGAACCUGCAGUCAUGGCUGCCAGGGCAAAUGCGAGCGCUGCGCCCCAGCGCUCUUCUCCAAGUACAGCGGCGAGGCCUUUUGCGGACUAAUGGCCAAACACAAGGAUGGUCCUUUCCAUCCCUGCCAUCGCUUGCUCAGAUACAAACCUUACGUGGACAACUGUGUGAGUGACCUCUGUGCUUUUGAUGGCUACAAGCAGAUCUUAUGCCGAGCGUUGAAGACUUAUGCUGACGCCUGCCAAAGAGAAGGGGCAGCAAUACUGAACUGGAGGAAAGAGGCUGGCUGCCCCCUCUUGUGUCCGGAGAACAGCCAGUACAAGACCUGCGGUUCAGCAUGUCUUGCCACCUGCAACAACUUCGAUGCUCCAAAGAAAUGCCACCUACCUUGCCUGGAGACUUGCGAGUGCAACCCAGGCUAUGUGCUGGAUGGUGGCAGGUGCAUCCCUAAAGACCGAUGUGGCUGCAUCCAUCAGGGUCACCUCUACGCCCCCAAUGAGCAAUUCUGGGAUGACCCACUUUGUCACAGACUUUGCUUGUGUAGACCUCAAGACAGGAGAGUGAUCUGUCAGGGAUCCCAGUGUCGGGAGAGUUCAGCAUGCCGUGUGGACAACGGCAUCCGGAGCUGCUACCCCAUGAACUACAGCACCUGCUCAAUCCUGGGCCAGCUGCAUUAUGUCACCUUUGACGGGUUGCACUAUGACUUCUACGGCACCUGUGUUUAUCGCCUGUCCGAACUGUGCCACAGGAGGACAAACCUCACUCACUUCCAAGUCCUUGUGCAACAUGAGCUGGAGGGCCCCAGCGAUCCCAUGGCCAACAAGGUCAUCGAAGUCACUAUCUAUGGGAUGACUAUUGUAGUCCAACGCAGCAGAGUCUUGCUCAACGGCUUGUUGAUCAACCUGCCUUACAUCAUCGAACACAGCAAAGUCUCCAUUUACCACCAGGGCUGGGAUAUCGUGAUCAAGGCCGAUUUUGGAUUUGCCAUGAUAUUCGAUUGGAAGAACAAUCUCCAUCUCACAGUGCCAAGAACUUACACUGGUCAUUUGUGUGGCUUGUGCGGCAACUUCAACGGGAAUCCGGAUGACGACCUGCAGAACCGGAGAGGAGUAUCGGUACCAAUUCUAAGAGAAUUUGGCAGAACCUGGAAGAUUCGGGACAUCCCGGGCUGCACGGAGAUGGAAAAGAAGGAAUGUGCAGAUAUCGCGCAGGUGGAGCUCGCCCAGAGGAAGGGCAAGGAGUGUGGCAUCCUCUUGGAUCAGAAUGGUCCCUUCUGGGACUGCCACUCCAAGAUCCCACCUACCUUAUACUUCCGAGAUUGCGUCUUUGACUAUUGCUCCCACAGGGAUGACAAGAACGUUAUAUGUCGCAUUGUCUCCUCCUAUGCGGCGGCUUGCCAAGCAGCCGGCGCCAAGAUCAACGAGUGGAGAUCCCCCAGGUUCUGCAGACCAGACUGCCCAGCAAACAGCCAUUAUGAAAUCUGUGCCAGGAAUUGCCCCGUGACCUGCCGCAGCCUCUUUGACCAGACAGUCUGCAACAAGUUGUGCCACGAAGGUUGUGAAUGUAACACAGGUUUUGUUUUGAGUGGUAACAGGUGCGUCCCUGUCUCCCAGUGUGGUUGCCUCCAUCAAGGCUUCUACUACAAAGUGGGCGACUCCUUCUAUCCCAACGGGUUCUGCAAGGAGCAAUGCACUUGCCACCCAGGUGGUGUCAUGCAGUGCCGGCCUUCCUCCUGCGGGGCUCACGCGGAGUGUCGCAUCGUGAACGGCGUGCAGACAUGCCACUCCCUCAUGGCCAAGACUGGGACUUGCCACGUGUUUGGGGACCCCCACUUUCUCACCUUCGAUGGCCUCACCUAUGACAUCCAGAGCAACUGCACUUAUGUCUUAACGCGAAGCUGCACGCUCAAGCACUCCGCUCCGUCCUUUGCAGUCAAUGUGGAGAAUGAGAGGCGGUCCAAGGGCAAGGUCUCUGUGACCAAGUCCGUCUCUGUCACAGCCCAUCAACACACCUUCACUCUGAUGCGAGAAAGGAGAGGCUUCAUCCUGGUAAAUGGGGCUGCCCACUCUGUACCUUUCCGCCUGGUUAAUGGCGGGGUGCGGGUGUACUACCACGGUGACAACCUCAUACUGCAGACGGACUUUGGCUUGCAUGUCUCCUUUGACCAUUUCUACCAUCUCGUGGUCACUGUGCCUCAAUCCUUUCAGAGGCAAGUCUGUGGCCUGUGCGGCAACUACAAUGACCAACGUUUGGAUGACUUUGCAACACCCACUGGGGACAGGGCAACGAGUGUCCUAGCCCUUACAACCAGCUGGAUUGUGAACAAACCAGCAACACUCUGCACUCAGGACUGUAGUGCUUUUAUGUGCAGCUCGUGCCUCGAGAGCCGGAAGGCCAGUUACGUGCACAACAGUCAGUGUGGCAUACUACAAGCACCGCAUGGCCCAUUCAGUGCAUGCUAUUCUACUCUCAGCCCCACCAUCUUCUUCAGCAACUGCGUGCAUGACCUCUGCAAGGCACGAGGGAACCAUGUUAUUCUCUGCCGCUCUAUCCACAGCUAUGUUACCGCCUGUCAAGCUGCCGGUGUCACAAUCAACCCCUGGAGGACAGAGCAAUUCUGUCCCAUGAAAUGCCCAGCCCACAGCCAUUAUGAACUGUGUGCUAAAGCUUGCCCCAAGGGCUGCCAAGAAGCAACCAGCAUCACCCAAUGCCCUCUCACCUGUGCCGAAGGCUGCGAGUGCGACGAGGGCUACUUUAUGGCUGAGUACCGCUGCGUUCCCAUGAGCCUGUGCCGGUGUUUCUACAAUGGCAUGUGGUUUAAGAUGGGAGCGACGGUGCUGUCAGCCGAAUGCAAGCAGCAAUGUAUCUGCAACCGUAAAGGGCGGGUGGUGUGCAAACCCUAUCAGUGCUUGACUGGGAAGUCCUGUCUCUUGAGCAACGGCAAAUGGGACUGUGUUCGGCAGGAAGGUCACUGCACUAUUGCCCAUGGAGAUGUCUUCACCACUUACGAUGGAGUCUCUGGGAAAGUUCCUUCCAUUGGAUCCUAUGAAAUCUCCUCCCUCAUCAACACCACAUCUGCAUCUUGGUUCCGGGUGGUGGCAGUGCUGCAGAAGUGCCCCACCUGCCCCACCCCUGUUGUGGAAUCUGUCAUCAUCUUCUUCCAGGACCUUAUUGUGCGAGUCAACCAGGAAGGUUUAGUUUGGGUGAAUGAGAAUCCUGCUCUUCUCCCAGCCCACCCUUCCAAGCACGUAUCAGUGAGCCAGUCCCAGGGAGUGGUGACUGUGAGCUUCAGAGGUGACAUACGUGUUCUCCUCAGCAGCAACGGAGAAGCAACGGUGAUUCUCAGCGGGACUCUGUUCUACCAAGUGCAAAAAGCAUGUGGGAACUUCAAUGGUGUUGGUGCAGAUGACCUUCGGUUGCCCAAUGGGACAGUUGUGAAUAACAUUGGAGAGGUCCUCAACUACUGGAGAGUCAGGACAACAGCACAGCAAGGUCUUGGGAAAACCCACCCCUAA